CUUCUUCAACCAUCCAAGUCUCCGUCCACCCUUCGCACCGCGGUCGAUCCCACUUGCCCCAGUUCCUUUACUCUCCCCGGAUUAGUUCUCAAGUGGCCUCUGCUGGCCAGAGAGCUUCAAUCUUUCAACAUGAGCUUCGCAAGGCCGGCACGAUGUGUGUUUUGCAGCUUCUCUCGGAGUGUCUCCGCGGGCACUCGCGUGCCUAGUCGACAAUUCCACCCUUCCCUGACGCAGUUCGCAAACCGUACGCCGAAAUUCUCCAACUUACAGGCUCGAGAUGGGAAGACUUUGGACGAGAUUACGCGGGAUCUGAAACCCAGACACUUCAAGCCGUACACGGAAGAGGAAAAGACAAGCCUGAAGGAAGAAUACACUCCUGAGCAACUGGCCGCAAUUGAGGCCGGUGAGGCGGCAAUUGAUCCCCAUGAUAUGGCAGAGCAGUUCGCUAUCCGUCAGGAUCCGAUGAAGCUUCAUUACCUGGAUGAUUUUUCGACAAUUGAACCUGGCGUGGACAAGCAUAUCCGGGCCCCCAAAUCCAACUCCGACUAUAACGUGACCCUGAAAAGCGAUGAUGAUUUCAUCGAAGACUAUGCCCACUUUUUUGCCAGUGAGAAGCAGAUCUCCGCGGAGGACUGGGCACGGUUUACCGAGUCCACGCGAGUCACGCUGGGAAAGGAGGAAAAUGAGCUGAAUCCUCACAGUACUCUAGUGCCCGAUCUCUUUGGCCCGGGGGAGUCUCUGACGGAGGACAAUAAAGCAUGGCAACCUUUCGAGACCCAGGAGUCGUUACAGGGCCCAGAUUCUGAGGAGGUGACUGACGCGCUGAAGAGACUUCUCCAGUCGACAGGCUAUUCCCAAGCAUUUAUCAGGGGGCUGGCGACAAAGACUCUUGUCUCGCACUCGGUCGUCAACCAAACUCGUCUGGGUAAGGUCCGUCGUAUGUAUUGUCUUUCCAUCGCUGGCAACGGCAAUGGCCUCCUGGGAAUCGGUGAAGCCAAGUCAGAGGAGUCUGCCGAUGCCAUCACACAAUCCAAAUACCGAGCCAUCAGAAACAUGCAACCCAUCCCUCGGUACGAGAAUCGCACCAUCUUUGGUGAUGUUAAGGGCAAGGUGGGAGCAGUCGAAUUGAAGUUGAUGACCCGUCCGCCAGGAUUCGGACUCCGUUGUCAGCAUUUGAUCUUCGAGAUGUGCCGUGCAGCUGGUAUUCACGACCUCGCUGCUCGUGUUGGUCGUUCGAGGAAUCCCAUGAACACUGUUAAAGCAGCCUAUGAAGCCAUUAUGAGCCAACGCAACCCAGAAGAUAUUGCCCGUGCGCGUGGCAAGAAGAUAGUCGAUGUUCGUAAGGUCUACUACUCAGGAAGAGCCUAGUCGGCGUCUAUCAAAACGAUGUUAUUUUCUUUGGCUGAGUAUAUCAUUUCCGGGUAUUAAAGUGGGUUCUGGUGCGUCUAUGGAUAAUAAGCCUAUGCUAUCCAGACAUACCGACAGUCAUCAUUUCGCAUAGAAUAGACUGUACGAAUAUGAGCAUUGUUUGCGGCAUAUAAUGCACGCUUCUUUGCGUUAUGGCGAUGUAUAUAAUCUUUCUUUUUCUUUUCUUUUUUCUUUCGUCUUUACCCUUUGUUUUGACUGUACCCUGACAUGUAUUUGUAUCUGCAAGGCUAGUGUCAUGCUAUAUCAUAUCGAUCCAGUACCAGAUUC